CCUUUCCUCAUUGUCAAUGUCUUUGAAAUGGACGUUGUGCAAGAGCAAUAAGAAAAGUGGUGCGGCGGUUACAUUUUCUAUUAUUGAAGGAUAACUGGCGCUGGAACUGUACCAUAAGUUUCUAUUCUUAGUGUUGCAAGUACUUACGUAGUACGGAAGGUACAAUUGUUGUUAAAAUAUAUAUUUUGUUUAUCAGUAUUUAUGGAUAAAGACUGACGCAUCGUGUGUAACGCUCUAGAACCCAAGUUAGUAUUCGAAAGAGAGUUUAAAACAAUUUUUGUGUAACAGUUUUGUGAUAUGGAUACCAAAAAUUUGCUGGUUCAAGACCCCAAGGGGCAGCUUGCUCUGGUGCUGAAGCAGUACAACAAAACGGAAGAAAAUCUGGAGGAAUACUUAGAUAUAUUGAGGAAGUGGUUAAAGACCCAGAUGCAUUUGCCUGAGAUGCCAAGUGACACGAUGAUAAGAAACUUCCUGUUUAACAAUAAAUUCAGCGUAGAGGCAACAAAACAAAAACUUGACAUGUACUACACCUUAAGAUCCCUGAUUCCCGAAAUAUACGAGAACAAAAAUCCCAAACUGCCGCAUAUGCAACAGAUAAGAAAGAAAACGUACGUCUGCCCAUUGCCAAAAACUACAGAAGAUGGCUACAGGGUAACUGUCAUAAAAUUCGUAGACGAAGACGCCGACAAUUUUGACGCAUACGAUUUCUUCGCUCACACCUACAACAUAGCCGAAAUCAGGGUGCAGGAAGACAUCCCCCUCAGCGAUGUGAUAAUAUACGAUUUUGAGUUUCUCACGAUGGGACACAUUCUCAAACUUACCCCUGUUGUCAUCAAGAAGGCUAGUAUAGUGCUGGAGAAAGUGUUUUCCAACAGAGUCAAGGCCAUACACAUCAUAAACGCCCCGUCCUACGUCGAUACACUUUUGUCGGUAUGCAAACAACUCAUCUCGCCCAAACUUGUGGAAAGGCUCAAUGUCCACAACAAAUCCAACUCUAUUCUGAAAUAUUUACCCAAAGAGAUUGUUCCCAAGGACUAUGGAGGGGACGAAAUGACGCUGUCUGAGCUGAACGAUCUGUGGGAGAAAAAAAUCCAGGAAUACCAACAAAGAUUUGAUGCCCUUGAAAAAAUGAAACCCAAUGAAGAACUGAGACCAGCCCCUUUAAAAAACGACGAUAUUUUAGGGUUUUACGGAAAUUUCAAGAAACUUUCUGUUGAUUGACUGCGACUUGUGAUUUGAAACAACAUUUUAAAUUAUUAUUUUAUGUAUCUAUUGUUUUAUUUUUCUUAAUAAAAGGUAUAAGGUG